AUGGGUGGUUCUAUGAUCUCUACUUUGCCCUUUAAUGCCUUCUUUCUUGUCGCCUUUCCCCUUUUCCUUCUCUCAGCUAGUGCAGAACUCUCACAUAAUUGUUCUCAGAGCCAAUUCUGUGGGCACUUAAACAUCAGUUAUCCCUUCUUCAACCACAACAACUGGGGCUGUGGAUUAGAAUUCCUUCGUUGUAGAAAUGGGUUGUCACCAGUGAUCGAUUCUGGAGUGGAGAAUGUCGAUGAAAAUAAUAUUUAUGAGGUUAGAAGCAUCGAUUACUCCAGGAAGAUCCUAUUAGCUCAUGACCGGAGGUUAACCCGAGCAGAUUGGCUCAACGAAAAUGACAAAUGCAAGUUCCUCUUCAACAAUUUUACUCAUAUGCCACCCUUUUUCCGAUUCCUUUCAGCUCAAGUGAUGAGCUCCAAUCUCACACUAAGAGUAUGCAACCGCCAUGAUCAAGAUUUGGACAAGAGCUGUACAAUUGAGGCCCUACAAAAUGAACCUGCACCUGCACCUGCACCUGCACCUGCUCAUGCUCCUGCUCCUGCUCCUCGACCCAGUUCCCAUGGCUCCGGAUAUGACUGCAAACUGGUUCAUCUUCCCAUGGAUUUGCCACCUAACACAAUAAUCCAUUGGCCGGUUGAUCGUGAUUCGGAAUUGUUCAAUAAUGGGUUUCGUCUUCGCUGGAGCCUUCCCCAACAAUGUCUUCAGUGCGACAAGAAUAGAACCCACUGUAGACGGUCUAUACCCUUCCAUCAUGAUAAGGAUCUUUUGUCUUGUUUUGAUCCGAAAGGAGAAGGGAACAAGACCAAAACAAAAAUUUUUGGAAUAGGUAUCCCCGUGGGAGUUGCGGCAGGAAUCAUUUCAUCAAUCUUUUUUUUCUUCAUUUUCUACAAAUACCGGAAUGGGCAUAACCUUCGCCGAUUCCACAGCUUUUCCUUGAAUAAAGAAAUAGAAAAGGGCAGCACCCACUAUGGAGUCCCCGUCUUCUCCCAUGCUGAGCUCGAAGAAGCCACCAAUAAUUUCAGUUCUGCGAAUGAACUCGGAGAUGGUGGCUUUGGUACUGUCUACCAUGGCAAGCUUCGAGAUGGACGAGUUGUUGCAAUCAAGAGGCUUUACCAUAACAACAACAAGCAUAUUGAGAGGUUCAUGAAUGAAAUUGAGAUCCUCACAAAUUUGCGCCAUCAAAACCUAGUCACUCUUUAUGGGUGCACUUCAUACCGUAGCCGCGAACUCCUCCUUGUUUAUGAAUUCAUUCCUAAUGGCACUAUUGCUGAUCAUCUCCAUGGUGAUAGAAGGAAGGUCGGAUCACUACCAUGGUCUGUCCGCAUGAGCAUAGCCAUAGAGACUGCAAGGGCACUGUCCUACCUUCACGCUUCUGAUGUCAUACACCGUGAUGUGAAAACAAGCAAUAUCCUCCUUGACAACCAUUUCCAUGUGAAAGUUGCAGAUUUUGGGCUAUGUCGUCUAUUCCCUACUGAUGCCACCCAUGUCUCCACUGCUCCUCAAGGGACUCCAGGCUAUGUCGAUCCCGAGUAUCAUCGAUGCUACCAGCUUACAGAUAAGAGUGAUGUUUAUAGCUUUGGGGUGGUCUUGAUUGAGCUCAUAUCAUCUAAGCCAGCUGUGGAUAUCACUAGGCAUCGAGAUGAGAUUAAUUUGGCAAACAUGGCAAUGAACAAGAUCCAAAAAGGAGCUUUGCAAGAGUUGGUUGACCCAUGCCUUGGGUUUGAAUCGGAUUGUACAAGAAGGAAGAUAGUAACAUUGGUUGUAGAGUUGGCAUUUCGUUGUCUUCAACAAGAGAAGGAAUUGAGGCCUUCCAUGGAAGAGGUAUUGGAAAUUUUAGUGGCAGCUGGGGUUGAUCAGGAGUACAAGGUAGAUAACGCAAAGGUGAUUGACGACUAUGACAACUACCAGUAAUUAAAUUUGGGUUCGGAUCAACUCCCCAGAUAGGAGUUACUUUUUUUUUUUUUUUUUUGGCUAAACAGUUAGGAGUUACCUCUCCAGAUGGAUUAUAAAGAAUU